AUGAGUUGUUAUUUUCUUUUAUUUAUUAUUUCAUUUAUUUCAUUAAGUUUUGCAGAAGAAAAUAAAAAACUUAUUCCUGACAUUACAAUUAAAAAUACUCAACAAUAUAAUACUACAUUUAUUUAUCAAAUUAAUCCACUUCAAUUAGAUAAAAAUUCAAUGUAUGAAAUUAAAAUUCAUUCACUUGGAAGUAUUCCAACAAUUUAUGGAGUUUCAUUAUUUCAACCAAAACUUUAUUCUACUAAUACAACUUUCUUAGAUGAAUCUAAUUUACAAUUUAAAACUAAUAAUAAUGGUUGUGUUCUUUUUGAUAAUAAAACUGAAUGCAAUCCAUUUAUUUGUUAUGUUACUUUACUUUAUAUGGGACGUACUACUCAUAUUGAAGAAUUAAAUAAAGGAGUUACUUAUUUUAUUUCAAUGAAAAAAGGAAUAUUAGGAUUACCUGGUAAUGUCCCUCUUUUAAUUCUUCUUGGAAUAAUUUGUCUUCUCUUUGCUGGAUUUACUACUUUGUUUAUUAUUAAAUUUUUUACUUCUCUUGAAAAAGUAAACAAAACAAAUUAA